GGAACUGCUAGAAGAGUUGAAAAGAAUGAUACAGGGAGAAGUAUGUGGAGAGAAAAAGAAAGAGAAUGUUAUAAUUAUCAAACCCAAGAUUCAACAAGAGAAUGAAGUUACAAAAAAAUUGAUAAAAGAAAAGGUAGAUAUCAAAAACAUGGCGAUGGGAAUAACGAAGCUAAAAAAAGGAAGCAAGGGAACAGUGAUUCUGGGUUGUGAAACUGGAGAAGAAAUGAAAACGUUGAAAGCCACAGUGCAGGACAAACUAGGAGAAAAUUUCAAAGUUACGGAAUCACCGCAGAUAACGCCCAAAAUAAAAAUUAUCAAUGUCAGCGAAGAAGAAAUGAGAUUGGAUGAUGAUGACUUAAUAACUACAAUCAAGAAGCAGAAUAGAAUUGAUGCAAUAAAUGAUGGAUUCCAAAUGCGAAUAGUGAAGAAAAUAGUUAAAGAAAAAAGAAAUGAUAAUAAUCAACUUAGAAGAAGAGAAAAAGAAGAAGGUUCGAUAAUAAUUGAAGUAGAUGAAGAAACGCAUGAAUUGAUGUUGAAAAAAGAGAAACUAAAUGUAGGAUGGAGAAAAUGUCCUAUAUUCAAUCACAUUAAUGUUAAAAGAUGCUUUAAAUGCUGGGGAUACUAUCAUAUUGCAAAAAAAUUGUACGCGAGAUGAAACAUGCCACAAAUGUGCGGGAAAUCAUAAAGCGAUUGAAUGUACGGCAACAAAGAAAAAAUGUGUAAAUUGUAUGUUUAAAAUUCGAACAUACAACCUGAAGAUAAGUGAUGAACACGACGCCCUUAGCCCAGAAUGUCCAACAUUUAAAAGGGCGAUACAAGAGGAGAAGAGGAGAGCCGGCUGGGAAGAUGCGAAAUAGCAACUACAGAAGGAAGCGGAAAUAAUAUUGUAUACAAACGCGCAAAGUUUGAUGGCGCAUAAAGAUGAGAUACAACAUCAGAUUAUGAAGAAAAUAAAUCCGGCAUUCGUAGCGUUAUCAGAGACAAGAUUGACUGCUGAAAUUGAAGACAGUAAAGUGAACGUACCAGGUUAUAGUAUAAUUAGAUGCGAUGCUGAAAAUAGAAAUACAGGAGGGGUUGUUUUAUAUAUAAGGGAUGAUGUUAAAUAUGAAAUAGUAUUAGUAAAAAAAUUAGAAUCGAAUUGUUGGUGUGCUGCGAUUGAGGUGAAAGAAAAAUUGUAUAGAGGAAUAAUAAUGGUAAUAUAUCAUUCACCGAGUGCAUCGCAUGGUGAUUUCGUGAGAUUUCUGGAGGAUAUAAUAGAAGAGUUAAUAAUACGGGGAGAAUGUAUGAUAAUAGGAGACUUUAAUAUAGAUAUUAUGUUAGAUUCGUUUUAUACAAGGAAGUUACA